AAUCAGUGACGUCACGCGUGUGUUUCAGGCUGGUGACGUCAGCAGCGCUGUUGCAGAGUCACUGUUGUAAACAAGAGGCCGCGAGCACUGCGCGUCCCCGUGGACGUUGACGGCUCAUAUCAGUCUUAAUAAAUCUGCGACACGGGUCCUGACGGUCACGCGCACUGUUUUCCUCAGAACACGGUUUGCCUUGUGGUUGUUUUUUUAACAGACGUUGUGACUUGUUAGCAUCUGCAGCUAGCAUCUCGCUCCCGUUAGCAUUAGCCUUUAGCCUCCCUGGCUACCAGACCUCCGCGGGCCUGCAGCGGGGGACACGCUCUUUAUGCCCAGAGGACAUCUUUCUCUCCAGCGACCAGGAGACCGUGAACCGUUCUGUGCCCGUGGAACCUGAGGUCACUGCACAUCGACCUGUGUCAUGUAAGAGCUGUGGUCUUGUUUCAGCUGGGUGGCUGGUCAGAGCAGCCUCCUCCCACCAUGGAGGCAGGAGGGACGGACCGUGAGGAGGAAACUCUGCAGACAGCGUUCAAGAAGCUCCGGGUCGAUGCUGAGAGCAUGCCCGGGGCUGUGAGUGUUUCCGAGGCGCUGGUUCCCAGAGCGGCACCGCGACCGUGUCUCGACACCAGCGGAGCAAAGCCCAAGCUCAGCUGCCCCAAGGACAACUGGCACGGCUGUAUGAGGAAAACUUCCAGAGGAGCAUCCAGAACCCAGCGGCGCCGGAGGUCCAAGUCCCCCAUCCUCCACCCCCCGAAGUUCAGCUACUGCAGCACGGCCACGGCCUCUGCACUGUCGCCCUCUAGUGGCUGCCUGAAGCACCAGCGCCUGGCUGUGCCAGAGCCGGUGGAGCUUCGUCCUGCGGUCGACGGCAGAUCCGCCUCCUCCGCAGCUCCCCCCCCCCAGAAAGAGCUCAGGUCUCCAGGCUCACCCGGCCACAUCUCUGCCCUGGUUUUUGGAUCGUGCGCCGGUUACGAGUCACGUGUUGGAGCCGUGGUUUCCUCGCCAUCUUCACAAGAGAUCCCCAGCCUCAUCAAUCCAGUUGUAGAGCAGGAGGGGGCAAACUGCGGAGACGUCCAGUCGAGCGAGGAGGAGAAAAGUGCCUGUGACGGAGCGGCGUCUGGAGCAGGAGCCUCUCUGAGAUCCGGACCCGCUGAGGCCGCGGACUUCCGAGCCUUAUCGGAGCUCCACUGCUCUCCAGGCGGCGCCCCCCCGCCCUGCUCCUGCGCCCAGAAGAAAAGCUCAGAUUCACCAGAGCAGAGCCAGGGCGCUGCCAGCCAGUGCCGAUGCCAGUCGCAUCCUCAGGGCCUGCAGGGCGUGGAGGUGUAUUCCUUCACCGGGCUCCGCAAUGUCAUCUCGGAGUGUGAGCGGAGCCUGCCGGGCCACGGCGACGCCCCCAGAACUGUCAGCACCAACAGUAACGCAGCGUCGUCGUCAGGCUCCUCCCCCCGCUCAUGUUCGGAGCAGGCGCGCGGUUACGUCGAUGACAUCACAAUAGAUGAUCUUUCUGGCUACAUGGAGUAUUAUCUUUACAUCCCCAAGAAGAUGUCCCACAUGGCGGAGAUGAUGUACACUUAGAGGAGUCACUAAAGAUUAUUAUUAUAUCAAAAGAGUUAAGAGGAUUUUUCUCUGUCAGAGGAAUGUCGCUGCAGGAGAAAGUUUCACUCGUUGUUUUAUUUCUGUUUCUCUGUUGUGCUACAUCGAUAAUUACUUUCUGUUCUUUUUUUAAUUUAAUUCUUAAUUAACAUAUGAAGUUGCCAAAGCUCUUGGUCGUGCUGAAGGAGAGAGCGGUAGAAGAUUACCAACGUGUGACGACGAGUGUGAUGAUGUUUGUGGUGUUGUGACCUCAGGAGUCACGUGUCUGGAUUUCAUUUCCUUCAAUAAAGACACAAAAUGUUUUUGUUGGAAAAA